GAGUUGACCGUUAAAGUUGAAAAGGAAAUGUCAGCAAAGGACUUGUAUUUAGCUGAACAUUACCUCUCAGGCCCUAAAGCAGACGCUAUCCUAGAGCGUGCUAAGGGUAAGAAGAAGAAGAAAUCUAAGUCCUCUACAAAGGACGGCUCUGUAACAAUAAACGAGGACAACGACCUCCUCACUAGUAAACUCGACGAUAACGAUAACGAUGACCCCGCUGUACAACUUGUAUCACAUUCUUCAAAGUUCAAAUCUAUCGCGCCACCUACUCAAGCUUCUACAUCAACUGAAGAUAACCCCACAGUCGUAGAAGACAACAAUGACAACGAUUUCAAAGGUGGUCUCAAGUCGGCCAAGCAGAUAAGACAAGAGAAUGCUCAAUUAAGGGCAAAGGAGGAGGAGAAAAGAAGAUUGGAAGAGCAAUCGCUACAAAAUUCUAAUCAACAGACUAUCUACAGAGAUCAAUCUGGCCGCAAAAUCGAUGUUAAAGCUCAAGAGAUUGAAGCCAAGCGUUUGAAACAAGAGAGAGACGAAGCUGAAGCUAAGCGAAUGGAAUGGGGUAAGGGUUUAGUACAAAGGGAAGACCGCGAUAAGUUGAGAAAACAAGAGGAAGCUAUGAAACACAAAUCUUUGUCGAAAUAUAGUGACGAUGCUGAACAUAACGCUGAACUUAUGGAUGUCGAACGGUGGAAUGAUCCUGCAGCCGCCUUUAUAACUAAAAAAACUUCUUCUGGUCCAAAGAAACCCAAGUAUACAGGACCACCGCCACCACCUAAUAGGUUUGGUAUAUCCCCGGGCUAUAGAUGGGAUGGUGUAGAUAGAUCUAAUGGCUUUGAACAAAAGCUUUUCCAAUCGAUCAAUUCAAGGAAGCGUGCCGUAUACGAGCACGGUAAAUGGUCUAGGGAAGAUAUGUAGAUUAUUGUAAUUUUGGCUAUAUCAGUCUUCUGAGUUGUUAUCUUAUUAUAUAAACGUUA